AUGGCCAGAAAUAGUGCUGAAUGGGCUGAUGCUAUGCAAAUAAAGAUCAAGGCCCUCCAAGAAAAUGGUACAUGGUUUUUGACUAAACUCCCUCCUGGAAAGAAAUCCAUUAGGUGUAGGUGGGUCUACAAAAUAAAGCACAAAGUUGAUGGCACUGUGGAAAGGCCAGUAGACAAUGGAAAUUCCAUGAGUGAGAUCACUCACAUAAAGGCUCUUCUACAUCACCAGUUCCAGAUAAAGGAUCUUGGGGAACUCAAAUAUCUUCUGGGAUUUGAGUGGCUUCAUUACAUUCUCCAAGAUCUCCAAGUUCAACCCAAUGCUACUGAAGUUCUCUACUGUGACAACAACUCAGCUAGGCAUAUUGCUCACAACCAAAGCUUUGAUGAGCGAACCAAGCAUAUAAAGCUAGAUUGUCACGUGGUGCGUGAGAAGAUUCAAGCUAAGUUUCUACGUCUUCUUCCCAUUCGAUCGGAGGAACAACUGUUCGAUGUCUUCACCAAAUUUCCUCACCUGUCGGAGGUUGUUAAUGGUGAAGAGGAGAUUACAUGCAUUCCAGAGGAGAGGGAAGCACUCCUCCAAUUCAAGGAUGGCAUCGUGGAUGACCACGGCAUGCUCUCAUCUUGGACCACUCCUCACUGCUGCCAAUGGGAGGGGAUUCGCUGCAGCAACCUCACCUCCCAUAUUAUAAGCCUCGACCUUCAUGGAGAUGGAGAACGUUAUAUGAGCGGAGAGAUCCACAUGUCGUUGAUGGAGUUGCCACAAUUACAGUAUUUGAACCUCAGUUCUAAUUCUUUUCCAGACACUCACAUCCCAGACUUUCUUGCUUCUCUCAAAAACUUGAAAUACCUUGAUUUAUCCUUGGAAAUCUCUCCCAAUUGCAGCAUCUUUAUCUCACAUCUUUAUCUCAGUUUGAAUGGUUUUGAAGGAAAUAUACCAUCUCAACUUGGAAAUCUCUCCCAAUUGCAUGAGCUCUAUCUUGUAGGAUAUGACGGUAAUCUCAAAAUUAGUGACGGAGGUCAGUGGCUCUCAAAUCUUAUUUCUUUAACCCAUCUUUACUUGGAUUCUGUAUCAAAUCUUAAUCGUUCUCAUACUUGGUUGCAAGGGAUUGCGAAGCUACCUCAAGUAAAAGAACUAAGUUUAACUAAUUGUAGCCUUUCCGAUGAUUUCAUUCUGUCAUCUAAGUUCAAUUUCUCUACUUCCCUCUCUGUCCUUCAUCUUUCUCAUAACACCUUCACAUCAAUAGUAUUCCAGUGGCUGUCAAACAUCACUUCAGACCUUGUUGACCUUGACCUUAGUGCUAACCUCUUGGAGGGUUCCACAUUAAUUGAUUUUGGCAUCGUCAUGAAUUCGCUUAGGCAUCUUGACCUAUCCUCAAACAAUUUGACUGAAGACCUUCCCUCCAUUCUCGGUAAUUUGUCCAGUGGAUGCGUUAGACAAUCAUUGCAAGAAUUAGAUCUGUCAUGGAAUCACAUCACUGGUACUUUGUCUGACAUUUCAAUAUUCUCCUCUUUGAAAUCAUUGUUUCUAAGGGGAAAUCAGUUAAGUGGAAGGAUACCUGAAGGUGUCAAGUUACCAUCUACUUUGGAGUAUUUUUUAAUUAGCUCAAAUUCAUUACAAGGUGGAAUUCCAAAAUCAUUUGGGGAUGCAUGUUCUUUGUGCUAUUUGGACAUGUCUUUUAAUAGUCUGAGUGAUGAGCUUCCGAUGAUAAUUUCUCACUUGUCUGGAUGUGCUAGAUAUUCAUUGCAACAAUUAUAUCUACAUGAUAAUCAAAUCAAUGGCACACUACCUGACUUCUCAACAUUCACAUCUUUACAAACAUUAGAUCUUUCUGAAAAUAAGCUAAAUGGAGAGAUUCCUAUGGACAUUCAAUUUCCACCUAAAUUGGAGACGCUCUACAUGUAUUCAAAUUCUUUAAAGGGUGUGCUGACUGACUACCACUUUGCUAAUAUGUCUAAGUUACAGAACUUGUAUUUAUCUGACAACUCAUUGGGCUUUGCAUUUACUCAAAAUUGGGUUCCAUCUUUUCAAUUGCUCUCUAUAUACUUGAGAUCUUGCCAGCUAGGUCCAACAUUUCCCACGUGGUUGCAGACACAAAAUAAAUUUGUCGAAAUUGACAUUUCAAAUGCUACAAUAUCAGGUAUUAUUCCUGAAUGGUUUUGGGCUAAAUUACCUCUACAAAAGGUGAUGAAAAUGAAUAUUUCAUACAACAGUCUACAAGGAACAAUUCCAAAUGUUUCAUCAACGUAUGUUUCUAGUUCCAUUCACCUUGGAUCAAAUCGAUUUGAAGGUUCCAUUCCUCUAUUUUUACGGAAUUCUAAAAUUCUUGAUUUAUCAAAAAAUAAAUUCUCAAAUCCUCUUUUAUUUUUGUGUGGAGGUGAUGCAAAUUCAGUUCAAAUUCAUUUAGACAUUUCGUAUAAUCAGUUAUACGGAGAUAUCCCAGAUUGUUGGAAACAAAUGAACUCACUAGUUUAUUUGGAUUUGAGUUAUAAUAACUUUUCUGGAAAAAUUCCAACUUCAAUGGGAUGGCUUCUUGGUCUUCAAGUAUUAUUGUUGAGAAACAACAAUUUAGUAGGAGGAAUCCCAUUCUCCAUAAGAAAUUGCACAAAGCUAGUAAUGUUUGAUUUGUCAGAAAACAGAUUAUCAGGAUCUAUCCCUGAUUGGAUUGGGACAAAAAAAGAGUUGCAAAUAUUAAGUCUGAGAAAGAAUCAAUUCUUUGGGAGUUUACCAUUAAUGGUUUGUUGUCUAAGAAGGCUUCAUCUCUUGGAUCUCUCACAAAACAACUUAUCUGGAAAAAUUCCUAAAUGCAUAAACAACCUUACUUCAAUGGCUCAAACAACAUCUUCAAUAUUUGAUGAAAGUCAUUGGUAUACGUUGGAAAUUGGUCUUUCUAUUACCACCAUAUUUUACUAUUUGAAUGCAUGGUUGACAUGGAAAGGUUCAAAACAAAUGUUUAUGGAUAAAGGUUUGUCACUUUUAAAAAUCAUUGAUCUCUCAAGCAAUCAGUUCUCCGAAGAAAUUCCUAUAGAAAUAGAGAAAUUAUCUGGAUUGAUUUCGUUGAACUUAUCAAGAAACAGUUUGAUUGGAAAAAUUCCUUCAAACAUUGGAAAUAUAACAUCACUUGAUUCUCUUGAUUUGUCAAGAAACCGACUUGUUGGUUCAAUUCCUCUAAGUCUUGCUCAAAUUUAUAGACUUGGUGUGUUAGAUUUGUCUCAUAACCAACUUAGUGGAGAAAUUCCUACAAGCACACAAUUACAGAGUUUCAACAAAUCUAGUUAUGAAGAUAAUCUUGAUCUUUGUGGACCACCACUUGAAAAACUAUGUAUUGAUGAGGAGCUAACAAAAAAACCAAAUGUUAAUGUUUAUAAAGAUGAAUAUUCAUUUUUUAAUAAUGAAUUUUUCAUAAGUAUGGCAAUUGGAUUUGCUCUAAGUUUUUGGAUGGUGUUUGGCUCAAUCUUAUUCAUACGUUCUUGGCGAUGGUCUUACUUCAACUUCUUGAACAACUUAGAAGAUAAUGUUCAUGUCAAAAUAGCAAUUGUUAGAGUAUUUAAGCAUGACAGAGAUUAUCAGGCACCGGAAACGCAUCGUCUUGCACGACUCCACCUUUGAGCUUUUUGUGGUUGGAAAAGUACAUGCAGUACAUCGCUUGAGCAUCAACUGAACCAGCCCUCACGUAUUUGAGUGAAUUGAACACGAAACGUGUUCUAUGCUGUAAUGGGAGACUCAAUUUUCAAAGUCUUUUUGUUUUAUUUGGAGAAAGUGGUAUAAGGGAUCAUCUCAUCCCACUAUAUACACAAUUAAGUCUUUUUUCUUUGUUUUUGUUUUUGUCGAAUGUAAUAUAUUGGUCAAUGCACUUAAUAAUUUUUUCUAUUGACAUCAUCGUACUAUCAAUCAACUUCUCUUUUUUAAUGA